CUAGUGCUCUGCCUGUCCUCCUGGCUGAGAUCGUUAUUGUUGUGACGGUGCUCGCCCUCACUGUGGCCGUCCAGGUCAUGCGAUACUCGCCCUGGUUCCAUAUUAUACCGGUCUUCUCCUUUGUUACCAUUCUCCUCUCCUCUUGGGUAUGUUCAACUAUGAAACGCCGUCCUUUUUCUUCUAUGCAUAUACAGUAAAUGUGCUAUCACAUGAAAUGGUAACCGAAAGUCUGGAAUGCGUUCUCAAUCCGAAAAGAUUAAUUAAGUAGGGUUGCCGUGUUAAUUACCAUGUCGCAUAAUAUCGAGUUAUCCUAGUUACGUCGGGAUCCUGGCUUUCGAACGAGCUGGUUAUCGGCCGCCUGCGUAAACAACAUUCCGUAAAAAUGACCGCUUAAGUGGCAUGGAUUUUGCCAUUGAUUUCCGAUUCCCUUAUAAAUUGAAAUAUAUAUUCUAGAAAAAAAUUCACAAAAUAUUCCUUUUUUGCUCAUUUUGUAGCUAAUUACGUCUCCUUCGGAUUUCAUGCUUGAAGAAAGAGUUUUUUUGACUUCAAAAUGUUUAUGGUUAGGAAAUUUUUCAGGAGCGUGAAAUGUCCGACUGUAACCGCAACAAAUCAGCCCGUUUGUUAAUGCUGCAUAGAAACGGAAAAACUUGAUCCACAUUAAAUACGAGAUAUUAUGAGCUCAGUGUGCCCUCUUCAUAGUAACAUCUGGAACUGUAUGAUUUUCCCUACACGGAAAGCAUACAGCUUCUAGUUUGGAAACCCUGAAUGCAAGGGUAACAGCAAGUGGGGUGCAAAUUCAUUCAGGAAUUAAGGAAGUUUCUCAAACCGAAAGAUAAUAUUUAUUGAAGUAUAAGACCAGAGGAAUGCGAAAUUUUCUACCUAAUGAGUAAAAAAUAAGUUAUUUUAUGCAUCUUUUCUAUAGAAUAUAUUUGAAUUUCCAAGGGCAUCAGAAAUCGGUGAUAAAAAUUCAUGGUACUUAAGUAGCCAUUAUAUACAGAACGUAUUUCAUGCAAAGGGUCGAUCAGAAGCUCAUUCAAAUGCCAGCAUCCUGACGUGAAUGAAAUAUUUUAACAUUAUGCAACACUAUAAUUAGCAUGAUAACCCUCUUUAAGUAAUCUUUUCGAAUUUAGAACACAUUUCACCCACACUGAGGCGACCCAGUGAUGAGCUUCGGUUCCAUAAAGCUGUUGAACCUUCGUUCAAACCUCACCACUGGAUUCUCGGCUGGAUAUAAGCGCGCGCGUUCGAUUUUUUUGGUCCCAUGCGCUUGCCUAAGAGUAUGCUAGUUCGGGCGUCGUUGUCGACGAUAUACACCGCGUGUUUCAGUGCAAAGUACCAGCAGGGACGAUGAUUUACAGGAUUUUAGCCGGCAGCAAAAACGGAUCAGCAAGCAGAGAGAAUUACACUAGUCAAUGGGUAACCAUGCACGCGACCUGUAUAUGCAGCGGGAGCGCAAGCACAUCUGCCGGCUGGGAACCUGAGAGUUACUAGUGCUCUGAGGGUCAUGGCUUGCGGAAUCAUCACUUAGCAGACGCACACAAUCCUUAAGGCCCAGGAGUAUAGUUCACUGAGAAAGGACAGGAAUGGGCCAUAAAUUACAAUUGUCCCGAUCGAUUUUUGUCUUCUCACUAACCCGCCAUCACCUAUUCAAACCCCUUAAUCAAAAUGCCUCUCCAUUCGGUUUACGUCAGUUCUAUUCAGAGCCCUAGCGCAACAAUCUAUUCAGGCUUUAUUUAUCAUCAGUGUUUACUGAGAUGCACCAAGCCCUGUAGCUCGAUAUCUGAGGUACUGGCAUUCCCCUCCCACCCUCCUUACGAGUUCUCCUAAUCUGAAAGCCCUUUUAGUGCCAUCCACUUGAUGUUCUUCUCUCUCUCAACUCAGAUCUACCGGACUGUCCAACUGAAACGAUUGUUCCCGCCGAUUCAGUGGCUCCUACUCAGCUUUCUACCGUCCGUACUUCUCUCCUUGAUUGCUGUUUCAAUAUUCCUCUCUCCCCAAAUGAAAUCCAAUUACACGCAUAUGCACAGUCUCUGGCAUAUUCUGAUCGCUUUCGCUCUCCUUGGUGCCUUGCCAUGGCCGAUGCGAUGGCGGAGGGCCCUGUUACCAGUAAUACCGCUCUCAACGGUCCUCUCCUGUGGCGGCAACCAACGCACGCUUAGUAGUACUCGUCGACGAGUGUCUUCCCCGAAUGACCUACUGGACGCCGCCUCAGGCAGUCCCAUGAGUCCCAACAGUCUUCUGGACACCGGCACCGUAAAGUCCACUCUAGCACGUAUCUACGCCCAACUGACCAGGGUCUUCUCAGUUUUGUCCUCCGUCAAGUCGAGAGUGGAGACUAGACUCGACAAGCUGCUCGAGCUGAACUUCCUCCUUGACCCUCUCGUAGCUCGAUUCCCAAAACUCAGGGUUAUACUUCCACACGGUAAUUCGCAUUGUCUUAUUUGGACUUUUGUAUGUUCAGUUUGCGCAAAGUCCGUACUUCGUGCCCAGACGUCCAGUGUUUUUUGUGCCAGUCAGCACAAGGAAGUAUACAGAUGUUAUUCAAAUGUGUUGGGCGCAUACCUCAAACAGCAUCGCUGCGUUGUCGCAGGGUUUUGUACCCGUUACUAUGGCGUGGCGCAACGUAGCACUCAUUGCAUAAUUAAUGACUAUAUGGUUAGCAGACGGAGUGAAGGUAUAGGUCUGCAAUUUCAGCGCCUAAUUAUGAUUGAUGCAUAAUCUGGUAUCAGAGGUCAGCCUGUUAGGCUUUGAAUGACAACGCAAUCAUUCGCUUCGCAUCCAGGGUAGGGACGCGCGACCUUCCUUACCAGCUUCAGCCUACGCUCGGUAACUUUUACAGUGAUGGAACAUUCCAGAAUUGUGUGGUUAGAACUUGUUUACUGUAACUGUACAUAUUUGCACAGGAAUCUGCGAAUGUCGUUCAGCUCCUAACCUGAUUUCUAAAAUUACUGUUCUACUGUUAUAUGACGGGCUUAUUUCGGUGUAGUUUAUUUUAAUCUGGCGCUUCAUACCUGGAAGGUUCCGACUCGCUGAACAUCCGCAGCUUAGUUGAAUGCAAUCUGGAGUGCUUUGAAAAAAAACUUACUGUGUUUAGCAGUUUUUUGGUCCGGUUAAUACCAGAAAUUGUUCUGCAUGAAUUUCGUAUUGUCUUGUGUCGGACGAUCUCUCCGAGUAAAGCGGACUUAGUAAAAUCGGCAGUAUAUGGUGAUGCUCUCCAAACCUCCUAUCUUGUGAAAACACAAUUAAGGCCUACUGUUAGUCUACUUGUGGGCUACUCCACAUUCGAUGCUCAAUUGGACGGCCGUCAGUGAAGACUAGUUGCGAAUUAGAAAUCCUCUGGUCUGACUUGUAAGUAGUUUGGAACCAUGCCGCGGUUGUACCCCCAUGUGUAGAGGGGCACCUACUCAAGAAUUCAAUAAGUUUUUAUCCACUCGUGAAGGAGACACGAUCGCUGGGACAAGAGCUCUAUUCGCCCGACAUUUUGGACUCCUGCCCGAACUCAUCAUCAGAGACAAUAGCAGACAGGGGUAGUUCAUGCACAAGGGGCAGCAGUAUUUAUAGGAUGCAGUCGCCAUGCGAUCGCAUACCUAUGUAAAUUCACGGCUCUCUCCCUCAUCUGGGAUUAUUGUACUUGGCGUGAUGACUGUUCGAUGGCCGACAUUCGCGUCGUUAAUUGCUGCGAUUUCAUCACGGGUGUUGAAUGUUGGUGUAGUUUUGGUGUAGCUGCUAGUGUCUCUGAUGCCGGGUUCGAACAGAUAUCCUAAACUUCAGGCAAAUAUAGUCCUUGCCAAUAGAAGCGAAGAGCCGAGUCCCAGGAAGUAGUCUUGAAGAAGGAGACACGAUCGCCGGGACAAGAGCUUUAUUAGCCUGACGUUUCGGAUUCCUACUCGAAUCCAUCAUCAGAGACAAAAGAGCAGAAACGGGUGGUUGUUGCACAAGGGGCUGCGGUAUUUAUAGGAUGCAGUAGCCAUGCUACCGCAUACCUAUGAACCUUCACGGCUCCCCCCUUCAUCCGGGAUUUUCACACUUGGUGUGAUCAUUGCUUGAUGGCCGACAUUCAAGUCGACAAUUGCUGAAAUUUCAUCACGUGCGUUGGAUGUUGGCGUGAUGAUUGCUCGACCAUCUGACGCGUUGACCCGGGUGUUGGGAAGAGUGUUCACCAGUGCGCUCCCCCUGUGGCCAAUUACUCCGCCUAGACGAAGUCUCAGCACGCUGUAUUGAAUGGGAAGAUCGUUGCACUUGUUGAUGGACUGGGGGCCAGUAAACCAUGAUUCCAGUAGCUCCCGGCUCACUCGGUUGUCGCCUCUUGCGAGAAUUUCGGCCUCUUCGAAUUUAAAUGUGUGGCCGGAUCUCGUCGAAUGAGCUGCAACUUGAGAGCUGGCGUCAUUUCUGCGCACCGCUGCCGCGUGUUCGGCCAUUCUCGUUCGGAGCUGUCUUCCAGUUUCUCCGACGUAGUUGCUUUGUCCGCAACUGCACCAGAUCCGAUAAACGACUCCAGACGUUUCUAGCCGUGGCAGUGGGUCUUUCGGUUUCAUGAUCAGACGCCUGAUGGUUGCCUCCGGUCUGUGUGCUACUCCAACCCCAAGUGGUGCGAGAAGGCGGCCGACAGCUUCCGAAACGUUCUUGACAUACGGAAGUGCUCGCCAAGAGUUGGUGUCCGUGCGGUUAGGCCUUUCGUCCCUUUUGCGUAUGCACCGGUCGACGAAGUUGCGCGGGUAGCCAUUGGCUUUGAAGACCCGUCGGAGGUAUUGUAGUUCAGCAAUUUUGUCUUUCGGCUCACUGCAGUGCGUUUCGACACGCCGAUAGAGCGUCCUUACGCAACUGCGUUUGUGGCUGAUUGGGUGGUUACUGUUGAAGUUCAGUACUUGCAUCGUAUUUGUCGCUUUCCUGAACACUUUGGUCGCCCUUGCUCCAACGAUCGCGUCUUCUUCUUCUUCCUCUUCACGACUUCUUCCUGGGAGUCGUCUCUGCUUCUACUGGUUUUAUCCCCUAUCCCCUAUUCAACAUAA